AGAGUGGGGGUCGUGGCAGGUCUCAGUGAGUCCUCAAGAGGCAAAACCAGGGACAAAAUAGGGUGAGGGAUUUACCAAGAAGCGGAACUGGAAAAUACUAGAAGAAUUUUUUCUGGGAAACCGGAUCAGUUGGAGUAUCUGAAACGUGCACCCUGAAUUCUCUCUGGUGGCCUCUGGCAUGAUGCCAGGACCAGAGUCUAGAUGUUGUUGUCAUAAGAGUAGGGAAAGGUGACCUUUACAGAGGUGUGCCUUCAAGAAGAACUCCGCGGCAGGCGGCAGACACUGCAGACGGCUCACCUGCACCAGAAGGACCAUGAAGCCAGAGCUGCCUCUGCUAGUGCUGGGGGUUGCUGGCCUCCUGCAUCCCAUCCUCUCCCUGCACAUCGGCGCAUUCAACAUCCAGACCUUUGGGGACAGCAAACUGUCCAAUGAGACCAUCACAGACCUCAUUGUCAGCAUUGUGUCCACCUAUGACAUCAUCCUGGUCCAGGAGGUCCGAGACUCUGACCUGAGUGCAGUCAAGAAGCUGAUGAACCGCCUCAACAGGGCCUUUCCGGAUCCGUAUGGCUACGUGGUCAGCAAGCCUUUGGGACGCAGCACCUACAAGGAGCAAUACCUGUUCAUUUACAGGGAGGACAAGGUCUCGCUUCUGGACAGCUACUAUUAUGACGAUGGCUGCGAGCCCUGUGGGAACGACUCCUUCAGCAGGGAACCCUUCAUCGUGAGAUUUGCUGCACCUCAGACUGAGGUGAAAGAGCUGAUCCUGGUGCCCUUGCACACUCCUCCCAAAGAAGCGGUGGCUGAGAUUGACACUCUCUACGACGUCUACUUGGACGUGAGGGACAAGUGGGGGUCUGAGGACAUGCUUUUCUUGGGGGACUUCAAUGCCGACUGCUCCUUCGUCCGGCCUGAGGACUGGCCCCACAUCCGCCUGCGCACCAGCAGCGCCUUCCAGUGGCUCAUCCCGGACACUGCAGACACCACCGUGACCAACACCGUCUGUGCCUAUGACAGGAUAGUGACAACCGGCUACAGGCUGAGGGACGGCACCCUGCCCGGGACGGCCAAAGUCAACAACUUCCAGCAGACCUUCAACUUGAGCCACAAAGACGCCUUGGCUGUCAGUGACCAUUUCCCUGUGGAAGUAACUCUGAAGUCUGUCCAGGAUUCUUCCCAAACAGCACAAUGACCCAGAGAGACCCCCCAGAGGUGGCUGUGCCACUAGACCCCACAAUUGCUGCCUCCUUCCACAUCUCCUCACUCUAGUGGCGUUUGUUUCCAAAAGUCUGAAUUCAGUUUCCAAAAUCUGUUUCCAAAAUCUGUUUCUGAAAGUCGUUUCCAGAAUUUGUUUAGAGGAAAAACAAAAUCUGUUUCCCAAAGUCCGUUCCCAAAAUUCUGAAUUUCCAAAAUUCUGAAUUCUGUUUCCCACAGAAGUCCCUCCAGGACGCCUCCUGUCCCCACACAACAUAAUGACUGACCCAGAGAGACCCCAGAGGUGGCUGUGCCACUUGGCCCCCACAAUUACUGCCUACAGGCUGCCAAACAAUUCUGAAUUCCGUUUCCAAAAUCCGCUUCCAACAUUAAUUUAUGAAGGUCGUUUCUGAAAUUCGUUUCCAAAAUUCCAAAAACGCCAGA